CCAACCUCUCUGCGUAACAGAAGCCACGCGAGAACCAGACCCAACCCGUCCGAUCUAAACUUCGCCUGCAUACAAACCAUAAAACCUUUUGUCCUGCCCACUGCCGGCUUUCUCUCGCCCGAUUGCUGAUACUGCACUUUCAUUUCAUUUGCUUUUUCUUUUAGUUUUUCCCUUCCAUCCCUUCUAGCUAACCCCCUUGGCUCAUUCUCCCCCUUGCCGGUUGCUUUCCCACGCAAACCUGCACGACAUUGUCCCUGUGCAGGGCGACUGUAUAUCGGGGAAUUUGUGCUCAUCACGGUAGAUCUCGCAGAUCACCAUGGAGAAAACUACGCCUAUUGAUAACAUGCGCGAGGUUGAGAUCGAUGGGGCGGCUAGUCCUUCGCUCUCACAGGAGACGGCUCUUCCAGAUCGUGAAUUGAAGAAUGCCGAUCCGUCGGAUAUGAAGAAUCCGCAGAAUUGGAGUCGAACUCGCAAGACUUUGCUCUUUGUGUCGCUAAUGAGCAGCUCGCUGCUUGCAGAUGGAGCAAUGGUUUGGGGUGGCACACUCGUUACGCCGCAGGCAAUGGAAUGGGGUAUCAGCGUCACCCACUCGGCGACGAGUAUGAACUACGGCAUUCUGCUACAGGGCUUUGGGGGCAUGUUUGCAGUGCCACUAAUUGAAGCCUAUGGUCGAUUCCCCGUCUGGAUCUGGCCACAGGUCAUCACAAUGUUCAUGGUACUAGGUGCCACACUCUCCCACGACUAUUCUACUUUUACAGCCUUCCGCUCGCUGCAGGGUCUCUUCGGCACAGUCCCGCAGGUUAUCGGGCUACCUAUUAUUCACGAUAUGUACAGCCCAGAGGAGUGGCCUCGCAUGAUCAAUAUCUGGGGCACGACUUUCAUGGUCGGCCCCUUCAUCGGCCCCGCACUCGCUGGUUAUAUCUGCGCCGGUACAAACUGGGUUGACUCCUUCGGCGUGCUUACCGCUAUCUAUGGCCUGUCUACGAUUAUGGUACUACUCUUCGGUGCCGAGACUUAUUAUAAUCCCGGUAAAGCACCAACCUCGCGUAUCGGUUCAUAUUUUGGAAUUGGAAAUACGAAGCUACCCAAGGGUUCGACUCUGUGGUACUGGUGCAAGGUGAUGGUGCAAUAUGUCUUCAAGUUCCCAUUGUUGAUGACGGGUAUUGCGAUUCUAGUGACAUUCACUUGGCCCAUUGGAAUCACCACCACCAUUGACAGCUUCCUGCACAGCCCACCAUAUAACUUUGACACAAUCGAGGCAUCAUCCAUGCGUUUCGCCGGUGUUAUCGGUGCUCUCGGCGGCUGGCUCGUCGGCUUCAUCUUCAACGACUGGAUCUUCAAGCGCCACCACGCAAACUGGCGUACCGAAUACCGUCUGCACGGUGUCUGGUUCCCCCUCGCCAGCAUGGUCUGCGGUCUACUCACCUACGGUCUAACCAUGAACUUUGGCAAGCACUGGAUUGGUAUUGCCUUUGGAUGGAUCAUGGUGAACAUCGGUAUGGUGGGGACAGUGGUUGCCGUCACAGCCUACGCCCUAGAGAAAUACCCCGACCAAUCUACCGUCGUCUCCGCGAUCCUAAACAUGUGGCGCACCUGCGGUGGUUUCGCCGUCGGAUACUUCCAGCCUGCCUGGAUUGCUCGGAACGGAUUGGGUCUUGUAUUCGGUAUCCAGGCCAUUGUCGUCUGUGUCUCGGUCAUUCUGUGUAUUGUGCCAGUUUUGCUCAAGGAGAGACGGAAAAGUGCGGUUACCAUGGCGUAAAAACAGGGGAAGGGAGAGAAUAGGCGGGGAUUCAUUGUAAAUUUGAGGUUCGGGAAUGUUUUGUUGUAUAUUUGGCGAGGGUGUUCCGUUGGUCAG